CUUUGUAAGUUACGAUCGUGGGGCUGUCUGUUUAAUAUAUAUGUAAAUAUUAACUACCAACACAAUAAAACACAAAACUGUAGCUAUUUAGCAUUCUCUCACAGCUGGUAAGUUUUAUUUUGAUGAGCCUCGCGACUUGCAGGUGUUUUGCUAAUAAUGACUGUGCACUUUAGCAUUUAAAACAGCUGGACAGAGGCAGAGAUGUCGAAGGCAAAAAGAAAACCCGAGAUGGCUGUUAAAGCUCCACGAUGGGAAGACGCUCAAGAUUUCUGCAACCCCGAUAAACUGCUGCUGUGCCCAUAUGACCCACAUCAUCUGAUCCGAGCCUGCCGGUUCCCCUACCACCUCAUCAAAUGCAGAAAGAAUCACCCUGAAUUGGUUGGUGAAUUAUGGACAUGUCCCUUCAAUGCGCGCCACCUGAUGAAGAAAAAUGAGCUGUCCCAUCACAUCUCAACAUGUGUAGAUCGAUGCUCUGUUACCGAAACCUAUGUGGCUAAGGACAAGACUGAUAGCAAGUUUCAAAUCCCAGUGAGCACCUGGACCACCCCCGUGUGUGAUGAAGACUGGGAUGAAGAAAUGGACAAGCUUGCAACAGCAGCUCCCCCUUUUGUCUGGGAUGUGUCUAAAUCGCUUCCUAAGGACAGGGAGAACCCCAGUGUUUGCAGCAGUGUGCUUACUGGCCUCAGAGCACCACGAGUUCUUCCCUGGACGAGCGGCUGUACAGAUUUUUCAGCUUUUUAACAUCAUGCCUAAAACUUACUUUGCAGUUACAACUGCUUGUGUUCUAGCUUUUUGUUGUAUAUGUCUCUAGUUUCAGUGACAAAUUAGUUUCCUAAUCUUCAGUUCAGUUUCCCUAAGGCGGAGCAGUAAAGGUGGUUUAGGUUCUGUUUACACCACACAAAAGAAAAGCUUACGACCAGGAUUUACAUUUUCAAGACUGCAUUUGAUGGGUUUUGUGCUGUCACAGUUGCUUUGUGUCUGCAAUUCUGUUUCCGUGGUCUCUUAGAGACUGUUCA